AUGUGGCUCCGACUCUUACUGCCUGUGGCACUUCUAUGGUCGAUAUCGAAAUUGUACACGGCAUUCUUUGGACCACUCUGUCGCUAUCCCGGGCCUCUACUGAACAAGCUUACAUCGUUGCCCUACGUCCGCGUUGUCUCCACUGGCAAGGAAGCUACAACUAUCCGGCAAUGGCACGACAAGUACGGGCCCGUCGUACGCGUCGCCCCAAAUCGGCUUUCGUACGUCGGAUUUCCAGAGACAUGGGCCGAUAUCUGUGGCGUCGGCGCAAAAUCGAACCAGCCAGGGCUUCCCAAAGAUCCGGCCUGGUACGAAGAGACUCUCUAUGGAACACCAAACCUUGUCAUGUGUACCGACGAAGACCAUCGGCGGCAACGACGAAUCUUUGGUCGCGCAUUCAGUGAGAAAGCCCUAAGAGAUCAGGAGCCACUUCUGAGGCGAUGGGCUAGUGCACUGUACUACAAGCUCUUGGAAAAGUCUGCCGGCGGUGCGUCGCUCGACAUGCUCAAAAUGUUCAAUUGCACAACAUUCGAUAUCAUGGCAGACCUAUGUUUUGCUGAGCCACUAUACAUGCUCGAGAAUACCACAUACGCGCCAUGGGUGGAGGCCGUGUUUUCGAUGCUCAAGCAGCUCACGCUCCUACGCGCAGUGCGCUACAUCCAUCCAGUAUGUCUAUGGCUUGUCCGCGUCGUAUGCCGCAACAUCCCAGCCAUUCAGAACGAAUACGUAAAGCACUGGAACUACACAGCUGAGCGCGUUGACCGCCGGCUUGCAAGCACGCCUGACAGGCCAGAUCUUUUGACCGAAGUACUCAGCAUGACAUCGGAAGACAAGGACGAACGCUCGGAGGAGCUGAAGCUGCAGGAACUCUAUGUCAAUGCGCAAACAUUCAUGCUAGCUGGUACCGAGACAACGGCUACCGUCUUGAGCGCUGUUACCUUCUACUUGCUUUCUAAUCCCGAUAUGAUGACACGACUGCGCACAGAGAUACGCAACACAUUCGCUACGAUCGAUGACCUGCACCUGGAUCCGCUGGCCAACAAAUGCCAAUACAUGAAUGCUUGCCUGAAGGAGGCCCUCAGAUUCCACCCACCGAUCCCAAUUGGUCUGCCUCGACUCACACCGGCUGAAGGAGCGACGAUCAAUGGACAAUUCGUGCCCGGCGGUACCAGUGUCUUUGUCCAUCAGACUGCAACAUAUCGCUCGGCUUUACUAUGGAAAGAUCCUGACAGCUUCCGGCCGGAGCGCUGGCUGGAUGGGAGCAAAGAGUAUGAGAACGACAAGCGCGAUUCCAUGGAGCCGUUCUCCUUUGGUCCUCGGAACUGUAUUGGAAAGAACUUAGCAUGGCAUGAGAUGCGGUUGCUUCUAGCGGCAGUCACGCUCCAUUUCGACAUUGAUUUGUGCGAGGAGUCAUCGAAUUGGGCGGAUCAGGAGGUAUAUUCGCUCUGGGAGAAGCACCCAUUGCACGUGAAGCUGAGACCGGUGGACAGUAGCUGA